AUGAUCAAAGCAAGUAAAGCCAUCAGCAAGAUGAGGCCUAUCCAAUACGCCUUCGACCCAGCAGGGACUACCCCACCAGCACUCCAAAAGCUCAAACACUUCUCCUUCCUCUCUGACUCUCUUUCUCAUCCCACCCUCGGUUUGCACAAUACAGAAGCCAUCAACCCCUCUGCCGUGAGAGUACCAUGGCCGACUUAUUUCCCUGCAUGUGUGCAGUGCAAAUAUUGGCCUGAAGCGAAACGGGCGGCACAGGCGAUUCUGCACCAGAUCAUGGAUGCCUCUCCAGAGCAUCAGGGAAUGAUACCUUCGCGCAUUCAUAAGGAGAUGAUCUCUGGGUCUGCCAUGACGAAAUCCCAGGAGUUGGUCGAAACGUCUUUCACGGCCCCGAUCAACAUGUUUCCGGCUGCAAGUAAGACUCGAGCGGAAAUCAUGGCAAAGGCGAAUGUUUUGAUUUUCAUGCAUGACGAUGUCAUCGAGUCUCACCUUGCAAACGAGGGAACCACCAUCAUCGACGAUGCCUUGGUCAACCUGCAGUCCGAGAAUGUGCCGAUCGAGAAGGUGGAAUGGAAGAACAACAUCUUCGGACAGUUUGCCAGAGAGGCUCUCGAGGAAGACCCAGUGACGGGGCCUGAAUACGUCUACAGCGUGUUGCAAUGGGCAGACUAUACCCGGAACAACUCUGCUACACACUCGCUUCGCUUUUCCACCUUUGGUGACUAUCUCGGUUUCCGUAUCAGAGACUUUGCCGUUGAGUUCAUCGUGGCUUCUCUCAAAUUCACCUGCGAGGCACCUCUGUCCGAAACCGAAAUAGAACCUCUCAAGUCCGCUGGAAACCUUUACAUUGCGCACUUUGCUUUGACCAAUGACCUCUAUUCCUACGACAAAGAAGCUAGAGAAUCGGCAGAACAUGGCAGUGCGGUCGUGAAUGGUGUCCAGGUUCUGCAGGACCUCCUCUGUGUUUCUCCUUCGACAGCGAAAAUCCUCCUUCGAACUCUUUUAUUGGACAUUGAAAAACGACUUUAUGAUGAAUACGAAGCUUUGGUUAUCAACAAAGAGUUGAAUGACAAUCAGCUGCGGUAUGCCCGUGGCAUGAUUGAGAGUUUGGCUGGCAACAUCUUUUACUCGGCUACUUGUUUUCGAUAUGCGAGAGUUAUCCCUGGCGCUUUGCUUGAUCUGAGUGCUUAG